CGAGGUGGGCAGGAAUAUUUGUAGGGCAGCACUCGAUGGGGGGACUGCGUCGUUUGCCCUCAGACACGAAGACUCAAGACGUCUGUCUUUUUUGUUAGAGGCAUAGGCUAGCGCGGAAUAUCACAGCGUGCACUGUGAACCACCGCUAUGCUGCCUGGUUCGUUGUCGGUGUCUGGCGACACCGAUGAUUCUAUCCCCCCACUGCCUACCGAUCUACACUGCGACGUGAUCGAUCUCAUCGCAGACCUGCAGGACUUCGAGGUCCGGCAUUUCCCCAUGGUCGAGGACGACUUCCUGGAUCCCCAAAAGCGCAGGAAGUACCAAUGGCGCACAGCCCUCAUAUCUUGCGCCUUCGUGUGCAAAGGCUGGUAUCACCGCAGCCGGCACCGCCUCGACAAGCACGUCUGGCUGUGGUCCCGCCGGCAGGUCAAAAUCCUCGCUAGGCGGCUUCGUCAGGGGAAUAAUCCUCGGGACGUCGUCAGGCACGUUACCAUUCUCGGAACACGGUUUGCCGACGACGAGGAGCCGGCCCCCUACCUCGGCACCUUUGCUGCAAUGCUCGCCCGCCAGCUUCCAGUGCUCGAAUGCCUCACCCUGUGCAACGUCUCGUGGCAAGUAGGAUCGAUGCACCCUAGGUGCAUCAGCUACCUGGCCGCGUUUCAUAGCAUAACGCGCCUCGAGCUGUUGAGGAUGAGCUUCCAGUCGGUCUCCCAGCUUGCUCGUUUGCUGUCGGCCCUACCGAGCAUCCGCGCUGUCAGCUGCCAAACCGUGUCCUGCAAUGAAGUGGGGAUUCCGCUACCGUUUCCCCAAGUAGCGCUGAAUAGGAGCUUGCGCGAGGUAGCGGUGGAAUGGACCGCGCAUCCGAUUGUCUUUUUCUUGGCCUACCUUGGGACGGUGGCUCCGGUGGAGAGCUUGACGAUAACAUUCGUGGGUCCGACCUUCGUCACACCGAGUGGGUUGGGGUGGCCUUGUCAACGGCUCCUCGACGCGUACGCCGGAUCGCUGAAGAAACUAAAGUACCUGCUGGAUCCUGAUACGACCCGGCACGGUGCCGUCCCGGGAGCUCAAACACUCCCCUCACAUUUGGACCUGUCCCACCUGACCAAGCUGUCAACAAUUGUCAUUGGCCAUCUGUUUCCGAGCACGGUCGACUAUUGCUGGAUACCCUCGCUUCUUUCGAAGGUAACAUCUCCAGUCAUGGCCAGAGUGCACAUCAUCUUGAGACCCAGGGUCGACAACAUCAAUGGAUUCAUGGGAGGUCUGUUGGACAGCAUGGAAUACGGCCGUGCUCUUCGGCUUAUCGACAGUGUCCUAUCCCGAGAGCAGUAUGCUAGGAUACCGAAGCAGGGUGUUGUCUUCGAAAUCAAAGUACCGGACACUAUGCGUGCAGAGAUGAAAGACGCCAUGGCACUACGCGGUAACUGGGAGCAAUUUGUGAAGUGGAAAAUGCCACGAUCUGAUAGUCGUGGGAUUGUGCAUUGUAUUGAGUACGUCUCCCCAUCUCUUUGAAUGUGCGAUGUUCAGUAGCAGCCAAAUUCUGACUUAUCUUUAGGACGCCGGUGCUGAGCU